UGUCCUUGAAGAACCAAAUCUUUUUCUUUGUUAUUGAUCUCAUCUUCUUAUUUUUUUGUGAUUAUGAGUAAGACCCGUGCGAAUUCGUCUCCUGAAUUACUCCCUCCAUCGGCUUCUUUCGUUUGCCCUGAAGAACAUACUUUAGAAGGUGUUGCAACAAAUAUUAAGCUUUUAUUGAAAUUAGUCCAAGAUCAUAAUGGGGUUGGUAAUAGAGAUGAUGGAAGGAAAAUGCAAAGAGUUGCAGGGAUGAUAUCAAUUCUUGACGAUGUUAAACAUCGGAUCCAGAAAACAGAGUCUUUCGGAAAGAGAAGGGAAGCAGAGCUGCGGCGGUGCAGUACUGAUAUUCGCCGGACUGAUGCGGCGGAGUUCAAGUCAACCCAUAUACCAAAGGACAAGAGGCCACCGCCACCGGAACCGAUUACCAGUGAAGAACAGAGGCUAAGGAAGGAGCUUAGCGCGAGCAUGGCAGCCCGGAAGAGCCUUGAAAGGAUGUUUUCAAGUUUGGGGAAAGAGAAGGAGAUAAUGGUUGCUGAACUAGCUAGAAAGGUUCAAGAAUUGAAUGAUACAGAGGAGCACCUUAAUGAUGUUAGAGCACAGAAUGAGAAAUUGUUGGCAAAGGUGAAGAUUUGUGCUGCUGAGCAUAAGGAGAGUUGUAGUGGAAUAAGAGAAGCUCAAAGUAAAGCAGCUCUUCAAGAGAGAAACAGAGCUCUUUCAGAACAGCUACUCAAGUCCCUUGAUGGGUAUCGAUCAUUGAAGAGGAAGUUAAAAGAUGCACAAGAAGAGAAUGCAAUACUUCAUGAAAAGAUGGGUGAGAUAGCUGUAGAUGUUAGAGCAGGCUUGAACAAGAUUCAUGAGUUUCAACAGCGAAUCACCCAGGAGAAGGAACAACCGGUGGAGAUCGCGGAGGAGCUAUUGGCAUUGGAACAUAUGUUUCAAUGUUUUGAGAUGAAGGUUUAAACAGAUUACCAAAAG